AAACAAUAACAUAAACAAACAAGCAGCAAUUGUUAAACAAUAAAAUCAAUUGAUCGGACUUAAUAAUAAUAAUAAUAAUAAUAAUAAUAAUAAUAAUAAUGAUGAUGAUGACGAUGAUGCAUCAAACUAAUUAAAUCAAUUUGGCCUAAUCUUGACAAUACAUUUUUAAACUUAUUUUGGAAAGCGUUUUGGAAAAAAUAAUGUUCUAAAUUAUUUUUUGUAUUAUUAUUAUUAUUAUUAUUAUUAUUAUUAUUAUUAUUAUUAUCAUUUAUUUUUACACAUUUAUUAAAAGCAAUACUUUAGAGAGUGUAGUGUUUUAAUGGUUGUAUCUGUUGUUCGACCUGAAGUACUGGCAUGACUAUGCAGUCCUUGUAUAUUAAAUGUACACAUGCAUGACACACACACACAGACUUAUUGUACAGCUGUGCAGUCUUAAUAGGGAAUAUGAUUAUAUAUUUCAGUGAAAUCCAUUUUAGAUUUUACUUCAAGCUUUUUUAACAGAGUACAGCUGACAAGAUUCAAAUUAACCUUAAUAAAAAUCAGAAUGGCACAAACAGCUUUCCCCUGGUUUGGGAUGGAUAUUGGAGGGACCCUGGUAAAGCUAGUGUAUUUUGAACCAAAGGACAUCACUGCAGAGGAAGAGCAGGAGGAAGUUGAAAACCUCAAGAGCAUUCGCAAAUACCUGACGUCCAACGUUGCCUACGGUUCCACAGGGAUUCGGGAUGUUCACCUGGAGUUGAAGGACUUGACCUUGUGUGGCCGCAAAGGCAACCUGCACUUCAUCCGCUUCCCCACACAGGACAUGUCUGCCUUUAUUCAGAUGGGCCGGGAUAAGCACUUCUCCAGUCUCCAUACCACCCUGUGUGCCACUGGAGGGGGUGCUUAUAAGUUUGAGCCAGAUUUCCGCGAAAUGGCAGAUCUUCAGCUCCUCAAGUUGGAUGAACUGGACUGUCUUAUAAAAGGAGUGCUAUAUAUAGAUUCAGUCAAGUUCAAUGGACACUCAGAGUGCUAUUACUUUGAAAACCCCACAGACCCAGUUCAGUGUCAGAAAAAGCCUUACAACCUGGAGAACCCCUAUCCAUUGCUGUUGGUCAACAUUGGCUCUGGUGUGAGCAUUCUUGCUGUUUAUUCCAAAGACAAUUACAAGCGAGUAACAGGGACCAGUCUUGGAGGUGGGACCUUUCUUGGUUUGUGCUGUCUGCUGACUGGCUGCUCAACUUUCGAAGAAGCCUUGGAGAUGGCAACUCGUGGUGAAAGCACCACAGUGGACAAACUAGUCCGAGAUAUCUAUGGAGGCGACUAUGAGAGAUUCGGACUACCAGGAUGGGCUGUGGCAUCUAGUUUUGGGAAUAUGAUGUGCAAGGAAAAGCGUGAAUCUAUUUGUAAAGAAGACCUUGCCAGAGCUACACUAGUCACCAUCACGAAUAACAUUGGCUCCAUAACAAGGAUGUGUGCACUGAAUGAGAAUAUUGACAGGGUGGUAUUUGUGGGCAAUUUCUUGAGGAUCAAUACCCUUUCCAUGAAGCUUUUGGCAUAUGCUAUGGAUUAUUGGUCAAAGGGACAACUAAAAGCACUUUUUCUGGAACAUGAGGGUUAUUUUGGAUCUGUUGGUGCCCUACUGGAGCUGUUGAACCCAACAUAGUUCUUCAGCUAGACGUACUGUAUUGGGCAGUAUAGUGCUUCAUCAUUUCUUUAAUUACAAAAUGACAAUCAAAAUAUCAUUUUGGAGUCCUUAAGAAAACUUGAAAUAUACAACUUGCUUAAAAUUGGAUGUUUUACCUCUUUCAAAAAUAGGAGUUAAUUAAAGACUGGAGUAAAUGGUUUGAAAAUAUGCCCUAUUAUGUUCUCAUUGAAAAAAAUACCCAACAAGGACUGAGAUAAAAGGAGACUAAAGGAGGGGUUACAUUUAGUAGGUGGGUGUUUUGUUAACUGCAAUCACUGCUUAGAGGAGUACUUGCCAAGGUUUGAAAUCUUCACACCAGCAGUAUUAUGACUGGACCACCUUUUCUUUUGUUGAUUUGUUUUUUUGUUUAUUUAUAUUUGGAAUAUGCAAAGACAACAAUAUAGAUGCUGUAGUUCAAACUCACUCCAAUGGUCUAGCUGCAAACACAGUACGACUUACAGAAAAGGAAUUUGAAAAAUAAUCUCAGAUCAACAAAAGGGGGGCCACUAGUAAUUAUGUAAAUAAAGCUAAUUUUAAGAAUUGGUUAGCUCCUUUAACACAAUUGGUCAGUAAUGUUAGUUUUGUAUCUGCUUUUUCUGUUGUUCACUAUGUGCUAGUAAAUGCAAUCUCUCAAAUUAAAACUAAAACAUUACAUACUUGAGAUAUUGAAAAUCUUUAUGAAUGCAGUGGAAGCUCGAGCCACUGUAUCAUUUGACCCAUUAUAUGCAUGUUCUACUCAGCUGCAUAAUUGAGACCUCCUAUUGGUAGUCAUUGAAAAAAUUCUGAAUUGAUUCUGUCAGACCUGCAUGGGGAAUCCCAGAAAAUAAUGUAAUGUAUGGGAUUGUGCCUUAAAAUUAAAAAUGCUAUUGUCAUCUUCAAUUGUUGAUGCUUGUAUAUGUACAAAGCUAUUCAUUGUAAAGCGCUCUGAGGUGAUUGCUUUUAAGGGCGCUAUACAAAAUAAAGUUUAUUAUUAUUAUUAUUAUUAUUAUUAUUAUUAUUAUUACUAGACUGUGAACCUAAAACUAACCCUAUUCUAUAUAUAUAUAUUUAAUGAAAAUCUCCCUUUUUAGUACCCAUGUUCUAAAAUAUGUAUUUAAAAUACUGUUCUUAAAACAGUCUGUUAAAAUUCAUAGAAACAUUUUCAGUUUAAGGGUAAUUACCCCUGUUAAACAUUAUUACAAGAGACUAUAAUGAAAUACACAAUCAUGUUAUACCACGUGAUUUUUACUGGUCUAUAUUUUCUACUAUCCUCUAAAUGGGAUUGUUGGCCUUUCUUACAAAUAUUUACAGUACAAUAUUCAAGUCCAUUUUAAAUAGGAAUAACUUCCCUUAAACAAAAAAAAUGAGUAAUUGAGAUUACAUUAUUAAUUUAUCAAUGCCCUUUGUUGGAGGGGCUGAUUGUCUUAAGAUUAUUAAGUUAAACCACAUGUUUCUUGAAGACAUUUUUUUCUUCUUUUUUUAAUACUUGGUGAUUUGUAACUUUUUAUAAUUACACAACAGCAAGAAGUUCAUAAUCAUAACUGGAGUUCGUAAAGUUAACUUGGAAAUCGAAAUUAAAAUGUUUUGUUGUUUUCA